AAACCAGAGUCUACACUCCCGUCGUACUGUGUACUACAGCUCUGUUUUUCUGUUACAUUCCAAAAUUCAUGGCUGCUACGGUAUUAGUACUAGGAGUAGUAGCUGUACUGCUCAUCAUCCCAUCUCUUGAAGCGACGCCCAUUCAGACGACGCUUGAUGGGCCUUUCAAGCCCGUCACUGUUUCAUUUCCUGAAGGCCACAGAGGAGCGCAGGCUUCGGAGGAUUUGCCGCCGGAUGAUCCACGCGUACAGAGACAUGUGACGGGAAUUUUCCCUGAGCAGAUUUCUGUGUCUCUGUCAACUCAUGGUUCCGCCUGGAUCUCCUGGAUCACAGGAGAGUUCCAAAUUGGUGACGAUGUGAAGCCCCUGGAUGCUUCUAGCGUGGACAGUGUGGUGAAGUAUGGCGAUUCAGAGGACAAUUUGUGUAAUGAAGCAUCUGGGUAUUCAUUGGUUUACAGCCAACUUUAUCCCUUCGCUGGUUUGCAGAAUUACACCUCUGGUAUAAUCCAUCAUGUUCGCCUUACAGGGCUGAAGGCCAGUACAAGGUACUAUUACAAAUGCGGGGAUCCCUAUCAAAGUGCCAUGAGCAGGGUUCUGAGCUUCAAGACCAUGCCAGCCCCGGGACCCAAGAUGUUUCCUGAUCGAAUCGCCAUUGUGGGUGACCUCGGCCUGACAUACAAUACUACAUCCACUAUAGAUCACCUCAGCAGAAAUGAUCCUGAUCUAAUUUUACUUGUUGGGGAUGUCACCUAUGCAAAUCUGUAUCUGACCAACGGCACUGGUUCUGACUGCUACUCUUGUUCUUUUCCAGACAGUCCCAUCCAUGAGACGCACCAACCUCGCUGGGAUUAUUGGGGAAGGUUCAUGGAGCCCCUGAUUUCUCGAGUUCCUAUUAUGGUGGUGGAGGGUAAUCAUGAAAUUGAAGAACAGGUGGAGCAUAAAAUGUUUACAGCUUACCAGUCCAGAUUUGCAUUUCCAAGUGAAGAGAGCGGAUCUAGAAGCCCUUUCUAUUAUUCAUUUGAUGCUGGAGGCAUCCAUUUUGUCAUGAUUGGAGGAUACAUAGAUUACAAUAAGACAGGGGAACAAUACAGAUGGUUGGAGCAUGAUUUAGCAAAUGUUGAUAGGAGUGUAACUCCCUGGCUUGUGGCUACUUGGCAUCCACCUUGGUACAGCAGUUACAAAGCUCAUUAUCGUGAAGCUGAUUGCAUGCGACAGGAAAUGGAAGAGCUUCUUUACAAACAUGGUGUUGAUGUUGUAUUCAAUGGCCACGUUCAUGCUUAUGAGAGAUCAAACCGAGUUUUCAAUUACACAUUGGAUCCAUGUGCCCCUCUACACAUAACUGUUGGAGAUGGUGGUAAUAGGGAAAAAAUGGCCGUACUUCAUGCUGAUGAACCAGGAAACUGCCCUAAACCUUCUUCCACACCAUACACCUUUAUGGGAGGUCUAUGUGCCUAUAAUUUUACAUCUGGUCCAGCAGCUGGGAAAUUUUGUUGGGAUAGGCAACCUGACUUUAGUGCAUACAGAGAGAGCAGUUUUGGGCAUGGAAUUCUCGAGGUGAAAAAUGAAACUCAUGCACUGUGGACUUGGCAUCGAAAUCAAGAUGCUUACAACAGCAAGGGGGAUCAGAUAUAUAUUGUGAGGCAGCCAGGUGUUUGUUCAAACCAACCCAAGGUGAUGGCAAACAUUGCCACGUUAUGAGAUUGGAAUGUCCUGAACGAUUUCUUAUGCCCAUCUUUGAAAGUGCAAAACGGGUGAUCUGAUUCACAACAUGCUUGAUUGCUUGACUAUUUGUGUGGAUCUCUGUCAAGGAAUCAAUUUUGCCCUUUUGGCUUUGGGUUUUUAUAUGAAGCGAGCCUUUUUGAACGUACUGUAUAUUGUGAUUGGUCUUCCAACGAGGCACAUCUCAAUCGCCCCAAUUUUUUGACUGUAUGCAGUGAAAAUAUACAAUUGCACGGUGCAAGAUACCAUUCUUCCUAGCAAUUGCGAGGAAGACAAAAAAUGAACUGUAUAUUUUAUUAUAAAAUUAGAAUCAUAUGAAUCUAUUGAUCUUGAAAAGUUCUUCUUUU